AGACACAUCCAAAGAGUCAGUCUUUCAAAGGCCCAUCUCAACAUGGCUGAGAUGUAACCUUUUCCAGGUAUUUCAGGUAUUUGCAGAGAUUGACCACAGCACAGUGAUACAGAGUAUCUGCGGACUAGUGUCAAAGAUCUAAUUGCUGUUUACUUUUGCUACUCAGGCCAGCAGAGUUGAGGAAAUUGCCAGUGUUCCUGUCUGAACGAAGCAUCCAUAAAUUGUAUACUUGCAGACUGCUGAAUGCAAUGGGAUUACAUGGGCAUGCUUUUUGCUUCACGAAGCUUCUGUUGCCUUGGCAUUAAAGCAUACCAACUACGAACAGAUUUGUUUUCCAGAUCCAUCAAGCAUUCAGCUUCUGCAAGAGUAGUCAUUGAAAGUUUAUUCUGAAGUACUUUUCCAAGAUCUUUAUUGAAGGUCUGAAUAUACAGCAAAAACAUGUUCUACCAUGGUUUUGCUGUGCUACAAUGGCCUUCAGACACCGAAACACAAGACGAAUUGAAGGCCUGGAUAGCAAUGUGUGGGUUGAAUUUACAAAGGUAGCAGCAGAUCCCUCAAUUGUUAAUCUUGGUCAAGGCCUUCCUGACAUAUCCCCUCCCAGCUACGUUAAAGAAGAACUGGCAAAGGCAGCAGCAGUUGACAGGUUGAACCAGUACACACGAGGAUUUGGACAUCCAUCACUGGUGAAAGCCUUGUCUCAAGUCUAUGGGAGAGUUUGUGGAAGGAAGAUUGAUCCUCUCACAGAUAUCCUGGUGACCGUGGGAGCUUAUGGAUCUCUCUUUAGUACAAUACAGGCAUUAAUUGAAGAGGGAGAUGAAGUAAUAAUAAUAGAGCCAUUUUAUGACUGUUACGAACCAAUGGUAAAGAUGGCAGGUGCAAAGCCUGUUUUUAUCCCACUGCGAUAUGAAAAAAAAGGAAAAUCUGCAUCUAGUGCUGACUGGGUCUUAGAUCCUGAUGAACUUGCAAAUAAAUUUAAUUCCAAAACCAAAGCAAUCAUUCUGAAUACCCCACACAACCCUAUAGGCAAGGUGUUUAGCAGAGAAGAGCUCCAGGUAAUAGCUGAUCUCUGUAUUAAACAUGAUACCCUGUGCAUCAGCGAUGAGGUGUAUGAAUGGAUGGUGUAUAAAGGAAAUAAACACAUUAAAAUAGCUAUGUUGCCAGGUAUGUGGGAAAGAACAAUAACUAUAGGAAGUGCUGGAAAAACAUACAGUGUAACUGGCUGGAAGCUUGGUUGGUCUAUUGGCCCUCAGAACCUGAUUAAGCACUUGCAAGUUGUUCAUCAAAAUACACUGUAUACUUGCCCAACUCCCUUACAGGAGGCUUUGGCACAAGCGCUUUGGGUAGACUACAAACGCAUGGAUGACCCAGACUGCUAUUUUUACUCGCUGUCUCGAGAGCUGGAAAGCAAGCGUGAUCGGAUGGCUCGGCUGCUUCAAGAAGCUGGACUAAAGCCUGUCAUUCCAGAUGGAGGAUACUUUAUUAUUGUUGAUGUUUCUGCACUAAAUGUGGAUCUCUCUGACGUAGAUGAGAAACAACCUUAUGAUUAUAAAUUUGUCAAAUGGAUGAUAACAUCUAAGAAGCUGUCAGCAAUUCCUCUUUCAGCAUUCUGUGGUCCUGAGACAAAAAGGCAGUUUGAAAAAUAUAUACGUUUUUGCUUCAUUAAGAAAGACAGCACACUAGACGCAGCUGAAGUGAUCCUGAAGAGCUGGAAUAAACAGACAGCCUGAUUUUUCUUAUUAACCCUUCCAUCUGGUAUAAUUAUUUAAAAGUAGGAGAGGUUAUUGCAAAUUUAAAAACAAAUUACUUAAUACAGUGCAGAAUCAAUAUGAUGUUGUAAGCAACUUUGUGCUGCCACCUGCUGAGGAGUUAAAAUGAUUUACUGAAAUGCAUUUAGUGCAACUCAGAUUAUUUUUAGACUUUUCAAAAUGAUGUAAUUUUUUUUUCUUUAAGAAAAUCCAUGGGAUUCACUUAUUGUACUGAAAAUAAAAAAUUUGUAGUACUGUGUGUAAAAGAAAUAGGUGGUACAGGUAUUUUUAAACAAGAAAAAAGUGGGAGGUGGUUUUGGGAUGAGUAUAGCAACUAGGGGUGAGACUUAAAUAGCUUGCAAUGGAGAAAAAUUAAGAUAUACCUCAUAUUUGAUAACUGCAGUGACUUUCUGCAUAUCUGUCUACCCUGUCCAUGCACAAAUUGCACAGCCUUAAAUAAACUGAUUUACUUAAAUCACUACAGAAUUUAUACUGUAGACAAGACCAAAAAGUGCUAAGUUGCUAUUUUUCCACAACGGUCAUGUGUUUUUCUGGAAGUAUUCAGUCCUCAAUAAAAUCACAACAGCAGCAUCUAGAACAGGAAUUCUAUUUACUCAUGUCUACCCAGUUAGCUAUUACACGGAUGGAUGCACAAGGCAGAAUAGAAGACUUUGUUUUAGAGGAUCCUUCACAAUAAGAUGUACAGUGACAUAAAUAAUCCUAUCAUCCUUUUUCUUACCACGUUUGCAAUAAUGGUAACUUCACAACAAACUUAUUUUAAACACUGAUGUUUCCAUUGUUAUGUUUGAAAUAUCUCACUAGUAUGCUAAUGAUUCACCAGCUAAAGCACCAGAUUUGUGUUGGGACACACAGGUGACUAUGUUUUGCAUUGCAUAUAGGUGCAAAGUCUUACUCCUCUGCACUGGUUUGUCUGGGAUUAAGAGUUAAUUUGCUUCAUAGUAGCUGGUAUGGGGCUAUGAUUUGGAUUUGUGCCGAAAAUAGUGUUGAUAACACACAUUUUAGUGACUGCUGAGUAGUAGUUACACAGUGUCAAGGCCCUUUCUGCUUCUCAGACUGCCCUGACAGAGAGAAGGUUGAAUGUGCACU